AUGGUACAAGUGUUUAAUUGCGAAAGCUCGAAGCGUGCGGGAGAGAAGCGCCUUCCCGCGAGGCCGAAGGCCGAGCUGCUGGAGGUCAAGUACAGGAGGAUGAUCUGGCAGCUGUUAUUGAUGGCGUGUGCGCUGGGCGCGGCGUACUACCGGUGGUCGCGCAGGCGACUCUACAAGCUCGCGGCUGAGAUACCGGGCUUACCUGACAGCUACCCCGUCAUCGGACACGCCCACAUCUUCGCUGGCAGCAACGAAGAUAUUAUGCAAGCGUUACAAAAAAUAGGUCGAAUAUCAAAUCAGCACGAUGGUCUUACAAGUUUUUGGCUGGCCAAUAGGCUGUGUGUUGGUAUGACGGACCCUGCGGCCAUCGAGGUGGUUUCCAAAUCGUGCCUGGACAAAGACGAAUACAUAAUGAAGAUAUUGCAAACCGUCACAGGAAACGGUUCCGUAUUUGCUCCAGUAAAUAUUUGGCACCCUCGUCGCAAAAUCAACGCCGCCUUCUUCAGCCGGAAGAAUCUGAACCAGCUGGUGCCGGUGUUCGACGCGAAGAGUUCCAUCAUGGCCGACCUGCUGCGGGCCGAGGCGGGGGGCGGCGACUUCCCCAUCUGGAGAUAUAUCACCACGUUCACGGCCGAUACAGUUUGCGGUAAAGAAAGUUUCGUACAUUCCUUCAAGAUUCCGAUUUAA